ACAGGUAAGAAUAACACAAGACAUUCAUGGCAUGGAUCGGGAAGUUCCUGUUUGGCUGGACCAGAAGAGUAGAGGAAAAUACGGAGGUCCUCUUGGAUGAACCAUGGAGGAAUGUUGCGUGGAAUAAUAGCACAAGAGCCAGACUCAAACAAUCCCUGCUAGAUUACAAGCCCCCUAUCGAUUCAGUGCCUCAGGCUCGGAUUCUUCUAGUUGGUGCUGUUGGAGCUGGAAAAUCUAGCUUCUUCAACUCCAUCAACUCAGCCAUACGUGGCAACAUAACAAGCCAAGCUGUCGCAGGAGAAAAAGUGACGACCAGGACCAUUGAGUAUCGCGCUUACCAAGUGAAGGCAAACCGAGUUGGACAGCCUCUCUCAUUCCUCCUGUGUGACACCAUGGGACUGGAAGCAAGUGAAAGUGGUGGGGUGAACAUUAAAGAUAUUGACCACAUCCUGAAGGGCUGUAUACCAAACAAGCACCGUUUCAACCCUGUAUCACCAUUGGAAACUUGUCACUGUCAGGAGUGUGACUCAUCAGCACUUAAAGACAGGAUCCACUGUGUGGUGUAUGUGAUAGACUCCUCCAAAUUCGCAGUAAUGCCUCCAGAAACAAAGAAGAAACUUCAUGAGAUCCAAGAGAAACUUGAAUCCUAUGAUGUCCCUCUAGUGGUGCUGCUGACCAAAGUGGACAAAACAUGCCCAAUCUUGGAAAAGGACUUGAAGAAAGUGUACCGCAGCUGCUACAUAAAGGAGCUGAUCGACAGAGCAAGUGAGUGUCUGGGCAUCCCAGUCACAAAUAUACUUCCAGUGAAGAAUUACUCAAAUGAGCUUGAGCUGAAUGAAUGCUGCGACAUCCUGCUUCUCACCGCUAUGCAGAAGAUGCUCCACUUUGCUGACAAUCAUUUUGACAAUUUCGUUAAGGGCACAGAGUAG